AAAAAAAAGAAAAGAAAAAAAAAAAGAAACGCCUUCUUUGGAAAAUGCCAGAUUCGGAAGCUGAUACCCCGGCAGUCUCGGCACCGGCGACCCCAGGCACGCCAGGUGCUCCGCUUUUCUCGUCACUCCGAGUGGACUCACUAUCUUAUGAUCGUAAGUCAAUGCCCCGAUGCAAGUGCUUGCCUCUCGAUGCCGCUACGUGGGGUGCACCUCACACGUGUCUCACAAACUUCCCUGCACCAGAUGUCUCUCUCACCCGCAAGCUUGGAGCAGAGUUCGUGGGGACCUUCAUCCUGAUAUUUGCUGCAACAGCGGGGCCCAUAGUGAACCAAAAGUACCACGGAGCGGAGACGCUCAUAGGGAAUGCCGCAUGUGCUGGGCUGGCUGUUAUGAUCGUGAUUCUGUCAACAGGCCACAUUUCUGGAGCUCACCUCAACCCAUCGCUCACCAUCGCCUUUGCUGCCCUUCGCCAUUUCCCAUGGGUCCAAGUGCCGGCCUACGUAGCAGCACAAGUUUCGGGAUCCAUCUGUGCUUCUUUUGCUCUCAAGGGUGUUUUCCACCCCUUCAUGUCAGGUGGUACCACAGUUCCUUCCGUCAGCACUGGCCAGGCUUUCGCCCUCGAGUUCCUCAUAACCUUUAACCUCCUGUUUGUGGUUACUGCCGUUGCUACCGAUACCCGUGCAGUGGGAGAGUUGGCUGGUAUAGCAGUCGGAGCUACUGUUAUGCUCAACAUUCUUGUGGCCGGGCCAUCGAGUGGUGGUUCGAUGAAUCCUGUGCGCACUCUGGGCCCAGCAGUUGCUGCAGGAAAUUACAAGUCGAUAUGGAUAUACCUGGUGGCACCCACACUCGGUGCCAUAACCGGUGCAGCUAUCUACUCAGCCGUGAAACUUCGAGGAGACGAGGGUGAUCCCCCACGCCAGGUCAGGAGCUUCCGUCGCUAGGUGUCGUUUUUUUGGCAGAGGGCCCCAGUGGUUUUGCUGCAAUUAUUUUACGACUUAGUCCUGUUGAUGAAGUGAAAGCUCAGCUACUCGUGUGAGAAUAAAGGCGAUGGACAAAUAAGAUGUGACUUUAAGUCCACGCUCCAAGGUCUGGUAACAGCGUGUUUAUUAUUAUAUUGCUUGGUGUGCUUUUAUGUUAGUUGAGAAUAAUAUCAUUCACUUUGGGUGGAUGAGUUUGGUCAACGUUUGUCGUGGUUCAUGUGGCCCGUAGGGGAAACUAUUUUAUGCUUCGUUUACCUUGUGUUUAUUCGAAUGAAAUGUAAACAUUUUAUGUUUGAUGCUUUUGUAUUGUUG